AUGGACCCCGAGAAGCGCUCUCCCUUGACAUCUCUGGAUGAUGACUUUGAGUCUGAGUCUCUACUACCGAAUGCGUUGCUUAAAUAUCGGCUAGGCGCCGAUUUUGAGAAGAAGCGCAUGCGGUAUCUGCUGGUAUCGCUUUUCGGGAUUGCUGUGUAUACGCUCGCUGUCAUGGGCAUCACGGUAUCAACUCUGCGCAAAGUCGACUAUGAAUGCCGAGGUGGACCGCAUCUUUACCCAAAUAUCUUGGAAGAUGCGAUUGAAUACCGCCUCGAAACAUUUGCAGAUAACCACAAGCCCGAUCAUCCGUUCUUCGGAGAACCGAGCAAGGAACUCGACCACAACUGGCACGAGCUCACGAAGUGGUCUGAUGUGAGAGUUCCGGAAUCCGAGGUCGAGCGGCUAGGUCGAGAGUACCAAGGCGUUCACUUUACCGAUGGAGGGUAUUACGGCAUGCUGACUGUGCACCACAAUUUGCACUGCUUGAAGCGCCUGUAUCAGCACAUGAACAUCGAUCACUACUUCCCCAAUAUGACGGAUGAGGAGAGACAAAUGGAGUCGCAGCACACAAUUCACUGCAUGGCAUUAAUAAAGAAUGCGCUCAUGUGCCAAGCAGACACCACUCUUCUUACCAUGCGCUGGCUUGAUUUCAGUCCGAUCCCAGCUGCUAAUUGGUCCACGCCACGCACCUGUGUCGAUUGGUCGCGAAUUGACGACUGGACCAAAAAUAACUGGGUGGAUGCGAAAAAGGAUGGAAGAAUGGUACAUCCAAAAUUCGGCCAGGUAUUUGUUGAUGGCAAGCACAACGGCUCUCGCAUAGGUGUCUCUUUGAUGCAUGAAGAUCACGGGCAUUAA